AUGGAUAAACAAUUAAUUAUAUCUGUUUUAAAAAAUGUUGUGGUUUGCAAGUUGAUUGUUAACCAUAUCAAAGAGAUAGCACGUUGGAAUGAUGAGAUACUGUUUAAGUAUCACUACCAGUGGAGCGAAGUGAUUAAGAGACCCUAUGUCUUGGCAACACAUGGCUAUCUACCAGAGUUUAAGGCGUGUCUUGAACGAUUGAAGGUCAACGGUGUCAAGAGAUUGAAUCUAUCGAUAUUCUUUGGUGUUAUUAAAGGUGGUAGUGUAGAGAUGAUGAAAUACUUAUUGGAUCACUACGACAUUGAACAACGACUCAAAGAGGAAUUGGAAUCAACUACUACUACUACUACUGUCAAAGAAAAAGCAACAACUACACCAACAACACAAGUACAAGACACUCUCAACGACGCAUUGGAAUAUGCAUCAAAGAACGGUAGAUUAGAUAUAAUUAAUUAUCUAAUGGAUAGAUUAGCUGCUGCUACUACUACCACUUCUACUGAAACUUCAACAGUUAUUAUUAAGUGGGAUUUCAAUAAGAUGUUGGCAGUUGCACCAUUGUCAGGUGACUUGGAUGUGGUUAAAUUCUUUUCCCGAAAAUUCGAUGAAGAUCCCAGCUCAAAGCCGGUUAUCAAUACUUUCAAUAAUGCAUUGAACAACUCUGCCAGAAUCGGAAGAAUCGAUCUCAUACAAUGGUUGGCUGAGAAUAGAGGACACGAACUGUCGAAAUCUGAUAUGAUGAAGUAUGCCGUCUUGGGAGGACAUCUCCAAACGGUAGAGUAUCUUCUUGCCGAGCACAAACAACUCCAACGUCCAAAGAAUGAUGAGUAUAUGAAAAUUGCUUCGUUACCCGGCAAACCAUUUGCAAUAUUCAAGCUAUUACGUGAACAUAAAUUCACUCUCCCAAAUAGAAUGCUUGAAACGGCUGCCAAGACUGGAAACUUGGAGGUGCUCCAUUUGUUAAGCGACGAUAAAGAUGUUCGAUGGGAAUCACCAAUGGAUGCCGCAAUUGAAGGUGGUCAGCUGAACGUUGUUAAAUGGAUGAAUGAGAAAUAUCCAAACGAAAAGUUGUCUCCAAGAAGAAUAGAAGAAGCUGCCAAAAGAGGACACCUAGAAAUGUUGAAGUGGAUCUAUGAGAAUAGAACGGAGCGUUGUGAAUCCGAUGUGAUGGAUGAUGUCGUAAAGAAUGGAUUCUUUGAAACUCUGAAAUGGCUCGACCAGAACACCACUCAACAGUGUACCGCUAAUUCACUACCCUUUGUUAUCAAACAAGGCAACCUCGAACUACUUCAAUUCCUACACGAGCGUAACGAUGGUGACAAUAACCGUUUCAAGUUCUCCACUGACACCAUGGAUACCGCUCUGAGGUAUCAACAAUACGAUGUUAUGAAGUGGUUACAUGCCAACAGAACCGAAGGAUGCACAGAGACCGCAUUGCAUUAUGCUAUUUACUCGGAGCGAUUGGAUAUUGCUCAAUGGCUAUUGGAAAAUAUACCGAAAUACAACAUGAAGAAUAUUAAUAUUAACAAUUAUCUCAAUGAACACUUGGAAAACCUUUUCGAAUGUGACUCCGAAGAAACGUUGGAAUGGUUACUCAACAACAUUGAUAGAGUCGACUUGCCAACAGAAAAACUCUUGGAAUAUCAAGCCCAACUCGCUGAGAAAUUCCCAGAAUCAUCGAAAGCAAUCAACAAGAAUUAUAGAAAUAAACAAAUAAUACAUGUAGAAGAAGAAGAAGUAGAAGAAGAGGAUUUAGAAUCCACUGAAGAAGAGGACAAUUAUCCUGAUCGUCAAGCUAAAAAGUUGCAGAAUAUCUCUAGAUCUAAGCCAUUGCAAGCUGAUACCGACUCUGAUUUAUCCGAUUUGGAGGAAGCAUCCAGUGAUGAACAUGACAGUGAAGAUGGUGCGGUGGAAGCCAAGAAAAAAUCUUAUCGUCCAAGAUUAUGUCCAGUUUGCCAUAAGCCAAAGAAAGCCAAGAGGGGCACAGCAGAACACGAAUGCAAGGGUCCGUGUAAGUCCUUAACUAUUUGUGGCCGUGAAGAUAAACAUCCAGCCGAAUACAAGAAGGCCAAAGAGCUUGAGAAGCUAAAGAAGAAGAAGCCGGAAACCGAAGCCAAAGAGGCCACCAAUAAAAUCUAA